AUGAACUCUUGUAAUCUUCAGGUAGCUAGCAUAAUCUAUCUGGACGCACCAGCUGGAGUAGGCUUUUCUGUUGACUUGAAUACGACAGCCCAUGUCUUCACUGACGAUGAAGUGGCCCAUGAUAACCUCCUGGCCGUGACGGAAUGGUUCAAGAAGUUUCCUGAACGUCAAAGAAAUGACUUCUACGUUGCUGGCGAAUCUUACGGUGGAACAUAUGUACCAAUGCUUUCUGCUCUUUUGCUUAAGGGCUUUCCUCAAUUCAAGGUGCCGAUACCAUCUGCCUUUUCAAACCUACAAUGCAGUAAACAUAUACUUGUUAAGGGUAUGCUGAUCGGCAACGGCUGCGUGGACGAACGCUUACUUUAUAACUCCCUUGUUGGGUACAACUAUGAUCAUACCUUCAUCGACGAAAGCCAAUAUCGAUCGAUUAUCGACAAAUGUUGUCCGAAUAACUCAUCGUAUGGCUGCGAUUUCUACAAGAUGUCGCUGGAUCGAAAUAACAAAUGCUACAAUGAUUCGUUGACGCUGAAUCAAGCUAAUGUUUUUCACUACGUUUCACUGGGCUCGAUCCAUUCUUCCUCUACUACACUUGCCGUCUCGACGAGCCAGAUUCAACUACUAAUCAACACUCGACGGCGACAGUUGCAUGCGCUCAUUAUAAUGACUCGACGGUUUAUCUACAAAGAGCGGACGUGCGCCGUGCUCUCAAUAUUCCCAGCAUUGUCCCUAUGUAUGAAAGCUGCAAACAUAGAAAACACAUACGAUUUGACUGUGACGCACUACAUUACGCAGCAUGACAACGUCAAAAAGGUUAUCGAUGCUAAGAAAAAGGUGGCGCUGUUCUACGGUGACGUUGACUCGAUGUGUAACGCCAUUCAUGGCGCUCAGUUCGCAUCAGGUAUGGGUAUGAACGAGUUAUAUUUCCACGCUGAAUUCACGUUGUUUUUGUUCCAGCUGGGCGACUUGUGGUGCAGAAAGGCCUAA